CAUAGUUAAACAUUCGUUCAACGAGUCAACAUCAAAUUAUUUUCUAGUUUUGUGAUUUAUUUUUUGUAAACUUGAGUGUGUAAUUUUUGAUCCUGUUUAAUAUGAGUGGAAAGGGAUCCAUUAAAAUGUGUGCUGUAAGCCCCAAGGCGUUUCGGGAGUUUUUGCGUGCAUUUCGUAGAAAGCACAUGGACCUAGCCCCGAUUGAAGCCGUGACCUGUGCCACCAAAGAAUGGGGCAAGCUAACGGGCCAACAAAAGUGCCAAUUCGAGCCUGCCGCUGUAAAGAUACGACCAAAGUUUCUGGUGCAGAAAAGCGGAGCAGUUGCCGCCCGGCGACGCAGAGCUGCUGAGAAGAAGAAAGAGCGUACGAGUCAGAAGCGUCCGGCUUGUUCUGUCCUAGAUCGCGUCAAGAAGAUGUUCACGGGCACAGCUGCACACAGCACAAAGGGCAAGUGUAGCCUGAGCACGAAGAGAAAGCGCAAGUGCAAGUCCAGAAGCAGUUCCCAGCGCCGGGGCAGUUGCAAGGCCUACACGAUGGCCAAGAAAAGGAAGUGCUCCGUGGCUACGAAGAAAAAGUGCUCCGUGCCUAAGAAGAAAAAGUGCCCGAUGGCCGAGGACGAAGCGGAUAAAAAGUGCGCCAAGGUCGAAGAGCCCGCUCCCGCACGCAACAAAAAGAGAAGUUCCAAGAGCAAAGUCAAGCCACAGGCCCACAAGAAGCGCUCACCACGCAAGAAGAAGGCAUGCGAGGAGGAGCCACCCAAAUCCACACAACCGGUGCCUAAAUCGAUCCUAAAGAAGUCAAGCAAAUAUGGCCACGGAUUGUCCUGAAGAAUUUUAGAACGAUCAGCUUCCACUUCUACUUUUAAAUCA